UAGUCAUAUGAGGACAUACACAUGUACGUGUACAUGAUCAUUUAGUCACCGUGUCCCCGUGCUCAUCAACUGAUGUUAAUAUAAAACCAAACAACAAAAGAUACACAGGGAUGGAAUUAUAAUUUUCAAAUUCUCUGAGCUGGAAAAUUAGUUUCAAAACUGACAAUGUCGCAAAAUGUAAGUUAUUGUGACGGUAACUUCGCCAACCCAGACCACGGAUUUACGGUAGCUUCCGGUUUCUAUAUCGUUCUUGGAGUACUCGGAAACCUGACCGCCUUUGUUCUGCUCAUCAAACAGUCGAAGUUCCACAACUGGAAAGUGUUUUAUCGCCUGGUGUUGUUGCUGGUCAGUGCGGAUCUGCUAGGGGUGGUCUUGUUUGGGAGUAUCAGUGUAAUCGAAAAUACCGCCACAACAUGGCUCGGCGGAAAAGGCUUGUGUGUCGCGGAGUCCAUCAUCAUCAUUUUCAUCUCACUAACAAACUUAUUAAUUGUGACAGUCAUUUCGCUGGAAAGAUUUCUUGCUUUAUGGCAUCCGUAUUUUUAUUCCACACUAAAACACAAUGCGUGUAUUAUGUUUGUUCCGGCAGUAAUCUUAUGCGUGGCCGUUGUCAUGGCGAUUCUGCCCGCCGUUACUGGCGACCAUUUUGAAAGGAUAUAUCCAUGUGACUUCUGUUUUAUCAAUAUCUAUGGCAACAACCUUUCUGAUUAUAUUUAUGCUUUGAUAUAUAGCAUUCUUGGACUUCUUUUAAUAACAUUGGCGAUCGUUCUGAACAUUUUAGUGAUUGUUGCAUUGUCUCAUGGUUCACGAGGUAACCCGAAACGCCAAAGUUUAAUUUCCGUAAGCCAUGAUGGAAAGGAGCACUAUUUUAUGUUGUUUCAGUUAUUGGCUGUUAUUACAGAACUGGCUGUAUGCUGGAGCCCGUUAUUGAUUAAAUUUAUCAUGACCGUGACAUUGAAGGAGAAGAAUUUUGACGAAUCACUGCUGAAAGAAAAUUAUUUAUUUUUCCGUUUUGCGGCGUGGGUUCUUGUUUUAGACCCUUUGAUAUACAUCAUAUUCAGGCGGGAAAUUAUCAUUAACGUCUGCCUGUUUUGUAAGCGUCGGGAUCACCACCAUCUGACGUCAUCAGACGACAAAGUGGAACGGAGAUCAAUGCAAUCAAAUUCAAAUAGAGCGAGUUAUGGAACUAUACAUUAAUAAUUUAUAUAAAUGAUAAAUAAUAGGGUUUUGGCUCACGGAAUAUGUAUUGGAAAAGCGCUUUGAUGACAAGAAUUUUGGAUUUCUCUUGCGCUUUAUACCAGUUACCUGACUAAAGAAAUAAAAAAAAAAACUUUGCGUU